AUGGCAGAAGGACGUGUAUUGGAGCCCUCGAUAAUCAAGGAUCUUUCCAAUCACAUCUACGAAAGACGGAAGGCCACUGCUUUUCAAAUCGAAGGGUUCACCAAACAAGCCUUGGCCAGAAAUGACUCGCCCACAAUCUCCAAGAUAAUCGCCGAAUUGACCGAGCUUCUAGAUGGUGUUUCGGCUUCAGCAACAAUGGGUGCCAUUACAGCUUUAGGAAGUGUCUCUGUGGCGUUGGGCUCAUUUGCAAUUGCGUAUUUUUUGGAUGAUAUAGUGAGACCUAUUUUCCGUACCUUUAGAGACACCGACGCUAGAGUGCGGUAUUACGCGUGUGAAUCCUUAUACAAUAUUUCCAAGAUUGCUAGGGGUGAGAUCUUGCUAUACUUCAAUGAGAUUUUUGAUAUUUUGUGUAUUUUGGUCACCGAUACAGAAUCCUCGGUGAAGAACGCUGCUGAUAUCUUGGACAGAUUGAUCAAGGACAUUGUCACCGCCAAGUCAACAAAUUACGUCUCUAUUUUGCAUCAGAAGCCAGAGGAGACAGACAUUGUAUCGAAUCGAGUUGGACCUGAUGGCAAGGCAAUUCAAGUGAAUAAUCCUCAGGAUACACUGAAGGCAUUCUCAUUGCCCAAAUUCAUUCCAACAUUGUUAGAGAGAAUGUACACCAUUGAUCCAUUUGCCAAAAAAUUUUUGCUCAGUUGGUUAGAGCUAUUCGACGAUAUUCCAUCCUUAGAGCUUCUCACUUUCUUACCAAAUUUCCUUGAACCUCUUCUCAGGUUCUUGAUGCACAAUUGUCCAUCUGAUGUUCGUGUUGAGACUCACAAUCUCCUCAAUACAUUUUUAAAGGAGAUUCGUGCAAUCUACAAAGUUAAGUAUGAGUUGAAGAAGAAGCAUAUGUUGGCAGAAAGACAAAAGAAAUCAUCAGAUUCAAAGGAGCAAGCCCUCGACGACAGCAUGAACGAUCUUUCCAUACAAAAUUCGGCCAAUGACACUGCUUCUAUAAAAUCUAGUUCAACUACCGUGAUCAGACGACCCGCAACCCAAAAUGGCGAUCAAGAGCUCCAGAAUGAAACAUCCGAUGAUAUUACAGAUCAACAUGACGACUCUCUCUUUGUGGACGGUCAGGAUAUCUUCAUCGAUUGUCCACGUAUCAUCGAUAUUUUACUUUCGUUCCUCAGGAACCCUUCAAACACUCCUAAUGAUGUUAAGUUCAAUAGCCUUUCUGGCGAACCUCAUGAAAUAUCCUUAGAAAUUCAGUCCACAGUUCUCAAGUGGCUUCAAGAGCUCGUUUCCAUCACACCCACUAGCUUCUCCAAGUUUCUUCCGGAUUGUAUUUCGAUCAAUAUGCAUAACGUUGCUUUGACAGAUGAUCAUAAGGAUUUCGAACUCAGAUCUCAAUUCUUAGCUUUUAAUCAGUCAUUGCAAUCAUAUCUAGUGAGACUCAACAAAAGUGCUCACGGCGAUGACGGUAAAACAUCCACAGAGACGAACUCAGAGGCGCCCUAUAUCAGUGACGAUGCAAUCGAAGGUCUUGACAAGGACAUACUAGACGAAUUCACAGAGUUGUAUCUCAACAAAUCCUUGAGAGUGGUAAUGAGCGAGUGUCUACACAACGCGAAUGAACUCGCUCGUUUAACUCUGUUGGAUUGGCUCAUGUUUCUCUACUCGAGCUACCCCGAAAGUUUCUUUGGUCUUGACGAGAGUAACGACGGACAAGACGCAGGAGACAGGUACCUCUUUGACUUGACAGCUCUCUUGAGGUCCUCAGCAGAUGCGAGCAAUGAAGUAAUCUCCAAAGUUCUUCAGUUGGCUUCCAAGAUUUCUGAAGAUAAUCAGGAAUUUUUUAAAGAAUUCAUGGUGAAGUUGAUAUCACUAUUUGAAACUGAUGGUGUGGAGCGCAAUGGACAAUUGAGACAUGCUGAUGAGGCACUAGGACAAAAUACAAUCUCCAAGAGUAAGGUUGAAUUUAUGAUAAGAAGACUUUGCGUCUCUAUAAGCGCCGAAAAGAUCUUCCAGACCUUGUCAGAAGUAUUAGUAUCCUUCGAGAGUCAAAACAUAGAGUUUGUCGGUAACAUUGUUGUUACCUUGAACAACAUUUUGUUGACCGCACAUGAGCUCCUGGGACUUCGCCGGAAACUCAAGAACCUUGACUUUCAGCGAAAUGAAGAUUGGGUGUUCUUCUCAACCCUAUUUCAAAGUUGGUGCCAUAGCCCGGCAAGUGCGUUGUCUAUCUGUCUACUAACGACAAAUUAUGAACUCGCAUUCCUAAUAAUAAAAUGCCUUGGAGAACUGGAAGUAACACUUCAACUUCUCAUGCAGCUCGAUAUUCUUAUUCAGCUACUCGAAACACCCAUUUUCCUCAAAUUGAGGUUGCAAUUAUUGGAGCCGGAGAAGCAUCCGCAUCUCUACAAAACGCUUUAUGGUAUACUUAUGAUAAUGCCACAAUCCUCGACUUACACAACCUUGAAAAAUCGUCUUUCAACAUUGGCACCUUUCCAUGGUCAAAGCAACAAUUCUGGCUUCUCAUUAACUACCCCGGUCUCCACCCCCGGCACUGUACCUACAUCAACCAGUUCACAGUUGUCAGCCAGAAGAAAAAAAAUUCAUGAGUUGGCUGACAAAUUCAAUAAGGUAAACGAGAUGCAUGAGGCCUACCGAGCAAGAAAUCGGUUACCAGACUGGGUAGUCGUGGAAGACUCUCCGAAGGAUACAGUCAAACAGCCAGAGCCUUCAAUUGCGAGCACAGACCAAAAAGGCAUGAGCAGUUUUCCACCUAAGGACAGGAAGCUGAAACUAUACAGAAGAUGA